AUGGAGAAAAAGGAUGGCAUUCCAGCACGUCUGGAAAGAAGCUCCAGAGAUACCCCGCGUGCCGGGGACUUGCCGGCGGGGCGCUUGGCACCCGCUGAAGCUGCACGGGCCCGGCCACCAAACCCCUGUCAAACAGGCGCCAUCGAAGGUGCGGCUCAGCGGGUCUCUAGCGCAUCGAGACCCUUGCAGCGGCCCAUCAGUUCUUUUCUAGCGAGAGCCGAUGAUGAAAGUCAACAAUUCGACAUUCCAGAUUUCGAACUCGUGAAGCGACAACGUCGCCUCGACAAGUCCAAGAUGAAUCUGCUACUUUCCGACGAUUACCUGCUUCAAGACUACCCAGAGAACAUUACCAACACCAUUCGAUCGGGUCACUCAACCUGUGUUCGCUUCAAUCGCAAGGGUGAUUACCUCGCGUCCGGCCGCGGCGAUGGAACCGUUGUCGUUUGGGACAUUGAGACCAUGGGCGUCGCCCGGAAGCUGCGAGGCCAUUCUAAGCAAAUACAAUCGCUAAGCUGGUCACGGUGCGGUCGAUACCUGCUGUCGGCCUGUGCUGGUUGGAAGGCCAUUCUAUGGGAUCUCCAAGAUGGCAAGAAGUAUCGCGAAUUUGCUGCAGCCUUGUUCGAAGCCCAACCGGUCCUCGUCGAUGUCCAAGACCGAAAAGACGUUCAACACCCUCUCCCGACCGCUCCAGAGCACGACACCGUGAAGCAGACCACAACGGCGAUGAUAUAUACUGCGAAGGGAGCUCAUCUGCUAUCCGGCACCAGCAAAGGCCGACUGAAUAUUAUCGACACCACAACCCACCAGCUCAUCUACUCCGAGAAGAUCGCCGAAAGGAGUGCGGUUCUUCUGUUGAGACUGACCGAAUCUGGCAAAGAUCUGCUUGUGAAUAGCAACGACGGUAUCAUCCGAACGUUUCACCUGCCAGACCUCUCCGCCCCAGAUCUUGAUCCUGAUACAAUACAGUUGCCCCUUGAGCACAAGUUCCAGGACGUCGUCAACAAGCUUCGGUGGGGGCAUGUCACAUUCAGCGCUACGGGGGAGUAUGUAGCUGCCUCAGCUCAUAACAACCACGAGCUUUACAUCUGGGAGCGAGCACACGGCAGUUUAGUUCGUAUGCUUGAGGGGCCGAAGGAGGAGUCGACAUAUCUAGAAUGGCACCCUCAUAGGGCCUUGCUCGUAGCUUGUGGCGCGGAGACGGGCAGAAUUAACAUCUGGUCAGUCACAAGCCCACAGAAAUGGUCGGCUCUGGCGCCUGAUUUCGUCGAGGUCGAGGACAACGUUGAGUACAUCGAGAAGGAGGACGAGUUCGACAUCCAUCCCCACGAAGAAAUUCAGAAACGACGGUUGGAUCAGGAGGACGAGGAGAUCGAUGUGAUGGGACCGGUGGGGAACAAGACAGAGCUGGAACAGGAGGCUGACAAUUUCCGGGUGCCCAUCCUCUUUGACCUGGGCGAGUCGGACAGCGAAGAUGAGUUCAUCAACGUCGGAUUCGGGACACUGCGACGGAAGAGUCCGGGAGAGCAAGACGAUGGUGAGGGCACUGGUGGUGAAAAGGCGGCCCCGAAAAAGAGAGGGCGAGCUAAGAAGAAGUAG